UAAUAACCUACGCGAUAAAAGAGAACUCACAAAUUAGUGAGAGCAAAAAAACUACGGAAAGGACAGUCUUUAAAGAAAAACACAAUAAACAAUCAACGAAAAAGGGCAGUCUUGUUUGGACUGUGAUAUAUCAAUGUGUGCUUCUUGGUCCGCUCCUUAGUUUCCCAGAAAAAAACUUCAUGACGGUGAUGUUGGGACAUUGUUGUCCUCUUAACCCUCAUCUUCUUCCAUUGGUGAAGCUGCCUGCACUAGAAAACAUAUAUACUCAUUUUCACCAUUGACUUGAGUCCUGACUAAGUCUUUCUUUUAGUGUAUGAUAUUUGGGUUUGCUUAUUUAUUUAAAGUUUUAUCUUCAACAGCAUAGCCACCCGUUGGUUUCUUGAUUUUUCCUUGGGAGUUAAGAAAAGAUGGAGAGUUCUUUUGGGCUUUUGUUGGCACUGUUAACUUUGACCAUCAUUCAUAUUGUUCAAGCUCAAGACCCACAAGGGUUCAUCAGUUUGGAUUGCGGGCUACCCGCAAAUGAGACGUCUCCUUAUACAGAGACUCAAACUGGUCUGUUGUUCUCUUCGGACGCAACAUUCAUCCAGAGCGGAAAAACUGGUAGAGUCCAAGCAAAUCAAGAGAGUAAAUUCUUGAAGCCAUACAGAACGCUGAGAUAUUUCCCAGAGGGAGUACGGAAUUGCUACAAUCUGAGUGUGUUCAAGGAGCGUAAAUAUUUGAUCGCUGCUAGUUUUUUAUAUGGAAAUUACGAUGGUCAUAACAUAGCCCCUGUGUUUGAUCUUUAUCUUGGACCAAAUUUAUGGGCGAAAAUAGAUUUACAAGAUGUGAAUGGUACAGGGGAAGAGAUCUUACACAUCCCAACAUCGAACUCGUUGCAGAUAUGUCUUGUUCAGACUGGGGAAACUACACCGCUGAUAUCCUCUUUGGAAUUACGGCCAAUGAGAACUGGAAGCUAUACCACUGUGUCUGGUUCCCUGAAAACAUACAGGCGUUUAUAUUUUAAAAAGUCUGGAUCUAGGCUACGGUACAGUAAAGAUGUUUAUGAUCGCUCAUGGUUUCCGCGCUUCAUGGACGAAUGGACCCAGAUUUCCACUGCUCUCGGGGUGAUUAAUACCAACAUCUACCAACCACCGGAAGAUGCGCUGAAAAAUGCUGCCACGCCUACUGAUGCUAGUGCGCCACUGACAUUUAAAUGGAAUUCAGAAAAAUUGGAUGUCCAAUAUUACUUUUACGCACACUAUGCUGAGAUCCAAGACUUGCAGGCAAAUGAUACCAGAGAAUUCAACAUCUUAUUGAAUGGACAAAAUUUAUCUGUGACUGGCCCUGAAGUCCCAGAUAAGCUAAGUAUAAAGACCUUCCAAAGCUCGUCACCGAUAAGUUGCAAUGGAUGGGCAUGUAAUUUUCAGCUGAUAAGAACCAAAAGAUCAACUCUUCCACCUCUACUUAAUGCUUUGGAAGUCUACACAGUUAUUCAGUUUCCACGGUCCGAAACAGAUGAAAGCGACGUGGUUGCUAUGAAAAACAUCUCAGCCAGCUAUGGAUUGAGUAGAAUCAACUGGCAAGGCGAUCCAUGCUUCCCUCAGCAGCUUAGGUGGGACGCUUUAGACUGCACCAACAGAAAUAUCUCCCAACCACCAAGAAUCACUUCUUUAAACUUGUCUUCAAGUCGUUUAAAUGGAACCAUAGCAGCUGCCAUUCAAAGUAUUACACAACUUGAAACACUGGACUUGUCGUAUAAUAACUUAACUGGAGAGGUGCCAGAGUUUCUUGGCAAAAUGAAAUCGUUGUCGGUCAUAAACUUAAGCGGGAACAAUCUUAAUGGUUCAAUUCCGCAAGCUCUUCGAAAGAAAAGACUAAAACUAUACCUUGAAGGAAACCCAAGGCUUAUAAAACCACCUAAGAAGGAAUUUCCUGUGGCAAUUGUUACAUUAGUUGUUUUUGUCACAGUCAUUGUGGUUCUUUUUCUUGUUUUCAGAAAGAAAAUGUCCACGAUUGUAAAAGGUCUACGCCUGCCACCAAGGACAUCAAUGGUGGAUGUUACAUUUUCUAAUAAAAAAAGCAAAAGGUUCACAUAUUCAGAGGUCGUCCAAGUGACAAAGAACUUCCAAAGAGUUUUAGGUAAAGGAGGGUUCGGCAUGGUCUAUCACGGUACUGUAAAGGGUUCUGAACAGGUGGCCGUUAAGGUUCUCUCUCAAUCGUCAACUCAAGGCUCUAAGGAGUUCAAAGCAGAGGUUGAUCUCCUUCUGAGAGUGCACCAUACAAAUUUGGUGAGCCUGGUUGGGUAUUGCUGUGAAGGAGAUUACUUGGCCCUCGUCUAUGAGUUUCUUCCCAAUGGAGACUUAAAACAACAUUUGUCAGGAAAAGGAGGUAAUUCCAUCAUCAACUGGAGUAUUCGACUGCGAAUAGCUUUGGAAGCAGCACUAGGUUUGGAGUACUUGCAUAUUGGAUGCACACCACCGAUGGUUCAUAGAGAUGUCAAAACUGCCAACAUAUUGCUCGACGAGAAUUUUAAGGCCAAACUCGCUGAUUUUGGUCUUUCAAGAUCUUUCCAAGGUGAAGGCGAAUCUCAGGAAUCGACAACAAUUGCUGGUACUCUUGGAUACCUUGAUCCCGAAUGUUACCAUUCAGGUCGAUUGGGUGAGAAGAGUGAUGUCUACAGUUUCGGGAUCGUGUUAUUGGAGAUGAUCACAAACCAACCAGUGAUCAAUCAAACCUCGGGAGAUUCUCACAUAACACAAUGGGUUGGCUUUCAGAUGAACCGAGGUGAUAUUCUUGAGAUUAUGGAUCCAAACCUUCGCAAGGAUUAUAACAUUAAUUCUGCCUGGAGAGCUUUGGAACUGGCAAUGUCAUGCGCGUAUCCUUCUUCCUCAAAACGACCAUCCAUGUCUCAGGUUAUACACGAGCUGAAAGAGUGUAUUGCGUGUGAAAACACAGGGAUAAGUAAGAAUCGAAGCUUGGAAUAUCAAGAAAUGAACGUUAGCUUGGACACUACGGCGGUUCCCAUGGCAAGAUAGUUCUGAAUGUUUUCUACUAAUAAGGAAUCAAUACUCAACUAGUUACACAUUUAGCAAGAUUUGUAAACUUGUUAAAGUAAUGAUUGAAGUGUGUAAUUGUGUAUACGUCUUGUAGAUAAACUCGAAGUCGACAAAUUUCCUUCUGCGUUCAUUGAUUAUUAAUAUAUUCAGAUCAAUAUUCUCUGCUC